AUGGACAAACACGACGAUGCGGUCCCCAAUGGGGACCUCGACCGAACGCCGGAGACCAGCCACGGGCCCGGAUUUUACCGGCUGGGGACGAACCAGAGUAACGCAAGCAUAUUUGAGGACGUGGAGAUGGCACAAGACGAGCUUUUUGCCGGACCUGUCGCUGAGUCCCUCCCGUCGAGUGUCUCUGCGUUCAAUCACCGCCGCCCCUACGACCGCGAGUCCACAAAGAGUUUCUCCUUCUACCAAGAAGAGGAUGAAGAUGCCGAAGAGCGGGAGGCGCUCGCUAUUUCUGCCGACGGGCGGCAGGCGUCACUGGGCGAUCUGGACGAGUUUCCGUUUGAAGACGAGUCUGGUGAAGAGCAGGAGGAGGAUUCGACCGAUCUGGAGCGUAAUGCUUCCUACGACGAUCAUGUGUUCCUGCGCAGGGCUUCGACGCAAUCUAACAGGGGCUCGGUUCACAGCAGGCUUCUCAGGCGGGACAGCGGGAUAUCGGCCGGCAGUGGAUACGGCGGGAACCGUUACAGCCAGAAGGUGUACAUGGUAAACGAGGACCUGUACGUCGCAAUUGCCGGGUUCCGGACCAGCCCUAUUGGCCUUGCCGUCUACAUGCUGCUCUGUCUGUGUACGCUGGGCGUGGCCUGGCUUGUUUUCCGCUGGUUGCCCAGAUGGCAUGUCAAGUUGGUCGGCGAGCCGGCACCGCUCAGGGAUUGCAGAUGGGUCGUUGUCGAGAACCAGUGGAAUGAGAUGGCGAUACUGGAGGUGGACUCAACUCCCUAUGGGAGAUCUCUGUCUACGGUGUUCGGGGCGCCUGGGAAAAUGAACUCAUACCUCAUGGACGAAGACCCGGACCCGAUUCUGCAGCACCUCCGGAUGAUCAACUACCGCUACGUUCGGUUCUACUUCCAUCCUCUUACAGACAAGUUCCUUAUCUGUAACGGGUGGAAGGACCCUCUAUGGUCAAACGUCCGGGAAAUCCGCGCAGGCAUUGACAGCGAGGAAAAGAGUCACCGAGACGUCGUCUUUGGCGACAAUCUCAUCGACAUUGAACAGAAAUCGAUGUUUCGGCUCUUGGUUGACGAGGUGUUCCAUCCUUUCUAUGUCUUCCAAAUCGCUAGCUUGAUCCUAUGGUCCCUCGAUGAGUAUUACUACUAUGCUAUCGCCAUAUUCCUCAUGUCUGCGGGCAGUAUUACGGCGACACUACUCGAAACAAGAUCCACAAUGAGAAGACUGCGAGAGAUAUCUCGCUUCGUGUGCGACGUCAGAGUUCUCCGGAACGGCUUCUGGCGGUAUAUCUCCUCGAGUGAUCUCGUCCCGGGCGAUGUCUACGAAGUCAGCGAUCCGGGUCUCGUCCAGUUUCCUGCCGACAGCCUUCUUCUCAGCGGUGAUUGCAUAGUCAACGAGAGCAUGCUUACCGGCGAAUCCGUGCCGGUGUCCAAGACACCCGCAACUGACGAGACGCUUCGGAAGCUUGAUCUGGCAGCGUCCACCAUGCUUCCACAGGCGGCCAAGCACUUCCUGUUCUGCGGGACGAAGAUCAUCCGUGCUCGGCGCCCGCAGGAAGACCAGGGCGAGGAGGCUGUGGCGCUUGCCAUGGUCGUCAGGACGGGCUUCAACACCACCAAAGGCGCCCUGGUCCGCUCGAUGCUCUUCCCGAAGCCCUCGGGCUUCAAGUUCUACAGGGAUUCGUUUCGGUACAUAUCUGUGAUGGCCUGCGUGGCUUUAGUCGGAUUCACUGCGUCGUUCGUCAACUUCAUCAGACUUCGACUGGAAUGGCACUUGAUCGUUAUCCGCGCACUCGAUCUCAUCACGAUUGUUGUCCCGCCAGCCUUGCCCGCAACCCUGACCAUCGGCACCAACUUCGCGCUUAGGCGACUGAAGUCGAAGCAGAUCUUCUGCAUCAGCCCACAGAGAGUGAAUGUGGCUGGCAAGCUCGACCUGAUGUGCUUCGACAAGACCGGAACCCUGACGGAGGAGGGCCUGGACAUUCUUGGUGUGCGAGUUGUUUCGCGGGCCAACAACAGGUUCAGCGAUCUGUUUACUAAACCAGCCGACCUUGUCCCAGAGGGAGACUUGACAGCCGGAGGCAAGAACCACGUCGAUACGAGAGGUGCAGCGCUCUACACAAUGGCAACCUGUCACUCGCUCCGAACUGUGGACGGAGAGCCAGUCGGCGACCCUCUCGAUCUCAAGAUGUUCGAAUUCACAGGGUGGUCGUUUGAGGAGGGGAAUCUCGGCGGCGGCACCGCUGAUGACGAAGAGCAAGGGAACCUUCGCCCUUCCGUUGCUAGGCCGCCACCUGGGCUGAAGCAGCUGGCCAACGGCGUUGAGCACGGCUCUGGUCAAAGUGUUCCCUUCGAGCUCGGCGUUUUGAAGGCUUUUGAGUUCGUCUCACAACUUCGGCGGGCCAGUGUCAUUGUGAGGAGGUUUGGGCGUCCUAGUGGAGACAUCUACGUCAAGGGAGCACCGGAGUGCAUGCGGGAGAUCUGCAGAUCGGAGACAUUCCCCGCCGACUACGAGGAGCUCCUGGCGCAGUACACGCACAAGGGGUAUCGUGUGAUCGGCUGUGCGACGAAGCACAUCAAGAAGCUCAGCUGGGUCAAGGCGCAGAAGAUGAAGCGACACGAGGUGGAAUCUGACCUGGACUUUGUGGGCUUCAUCAUCUUCGAAAACAAGCUGAAGCCCACCACCACAGCAGUGCUGACGGAGCUGCUCGAGUCUAAUAUUGGCGCCGUCAUGGUCACUGGAGACAACAUCCUGACCGCCAUCAGCGUGGCGAGGGAAUGCGGGAUGAUCAGCAAGGCAGCGCACUGCUUCAUUCCUCGGUUCCUCACAGGCGACGCGAGGGACGGAAACGCCAGUCUGCAGUGGGAGAGCAUAGACAAUCAGGCGUACCGGUUGGACCCCAAGACUUUGCUUCCUCUGCCACCUCCUCCGGAGGAGGAUGCCUCCCUGCCAUACGAUAUCUCCAAUCUCCGCAACUACUCGGUCGCUGUCAGCGGGGAUGUCUUCCGCUGGGUGGUCGAUUUUGCGCCUGCAGAGGUGAUGCGGAGGAUGCUGGUCACAAGCAAGGUCUUUGCGCGCAUGUCGCCCGACGAGAAGCACGAGCUGGUGGAGAAGCUGCAGAGCAUCGAUUACUCGUGCGGCUUCUGCGGCGACGGCGCAAACGACUGCGGCGCGCUCAAGGCUGCCGAUGUGGGCAUCUCGCUUUCCGAGGCCGAAGCCUCCGUCGCCGCUCCCUUCACGUCGCGCGUCUUUGACAUUCGGUGUGUGCCGGAGGUGAUCCGGGAGGGCCGCGCGGCGCUCGUCACCAGCUUCAGCUGCUUCAAGUACAUGAGCCUGUACUCGGCCAUCCAGUUCACGUCGGUUAGCUUCCUGUACGCCUCGGCGUCCAAUCUCGGCGACUUCCAGUUUCUGUUCAUCGACUUGGCACUCAUCCUGCCGAUCGCCGUCUUCAUGAGUUGGGCCGGGCCGUUCCCUGAACUGUCCCGCAAGAGGCCGACCGUCGACUUGGUCUCGCGUAAGGUCCUGACGCCGCUACUGGGCCAGAUAUACAUCUGCGUCAUGAUCCAGGCGCUGGUGUUUAUCUCUGUGCGCCGUCAGCCCUGGUUCAUCCCACCCGUCGUCAACCCGGAGAAGUCAAACAUCGAGAAUUCGGAGAACACGGCGCUGUUCCUGACGUCGUGCUUCGAAUACAUCUUGGCGGGCGUGGUACUCAACGCAGGCCGUCCCUUCAGAGUCUCUGCGUUGCACAACUGGCCAUUCGUUGCUACCAUCGUCCUCACUCUUAGCUUCACGCUUCUCAUGGUGGCCAGCCCGCCAGGCUGGCUAUCCAGCUUCAUGCAGCUCACGUAUCUCAGCGGGGAUUUCAAGUUGUUCAUCGCCGGGCUCGGAGUGUUCUACCUCGUUCUGGCGUGGGCAGGGGAGCACUGGGCGUUCCAGCCGCUUGCACGGUUGAUUGGGAGGACCAAGCAGGCGGUGCUGAAGCAGCCGAAGGAGAGGAAGCAGUACAAGCUCAUACAGGAGCAGAUGUUGAUUUAGGGUUUAUAGAGUUGAACAUCACGAGGAAAUGAUUGAUCGAUGUGAAUAGCUAAGCAUUGCAUGGGAUUCUUCGACAACCACACAGGUAAGUGGUAUACAGUAGCGAAGGAAGACAGUUAAGUCGGAAGUACCUAGAUUAAG